AUGGCGUCAGGCCUCCGGGCACUUCCUAUGGAUCACUUGUCGGAGAUCCCUCAAUUUCUUUCACGCAUAUCGUACUUACUUCGUCUUUGUGAUGACCACAGAGAUGUUGAAGGGUGCUCGGACCUGCUUGUAGGUCUUCAUGAUCAGCUACAGAUGAGCCUCCGCAAUGUGGAAGAUUUCCUUCGGAACUGCUCUGCGUCAUUCUCGAAGGACCGUGAGUGGGCAAUUAGCACCGCACACGAUGCAACCAUCGACGUCGCCGACGAUGAUGCUACAGAUGCCACUCCCGCAAUAAUUCCAAACGAAGUCACAGCAAUCAAUCAAGAUCUCCCGUCGAAAAAAAGGAAGCGAGCCGGUACGGAGUGGACCAGUCUAGAUCGAAUCGUGGAGAAAGUUGCGAGUCCUGACGAAAUAUUCGAAGCACUGAUGACACGAGCGGGCAAGUACUCCUCCCAAACCUCCAGACUACGGUAUCUGACGAAACUUUUUUUCCACUUCGCCGGCCCGUACGCCUUUGAACAAAUUCGAGACUCGUUUUCAGCGAUUCAUUGCACGAAAGAGAUAGAUUUGACCACAUUGGAGGGUCACGUGAGAGUGCUGGACCGAUUUAUCUUAGCUCAGCCUGUUGAGAAACGCGCGCUCCUGGUGUGUCUCUGCAGCGAACGCUCCCGGCUUCAAACAUGCGCGAAAAAUGAGGGCGAAGGCUACCCUGAUAGAGUGGCAUUGAAGGAAAUUGUAACCUCGGCCUAUCCGAGUCUGAAAUUGAGCAGCAAAGAAUAUGCCUUCAAAAAGAGAAGGCUACAAAAAACGUUGGAGAAUGGUCGCCAUUGGCUUACAGCACAUCAACGCUCCCCGAGUGCUCUUUUUGCAAUGCCGUCCCACUUAUCGGAGAAAAAGCGAACGCUGCCCGGCGAGCUCGUGGGCGCCUUCUUCGAUCUCUUGUAUUUGUAUCGUGGUGGAUUUCUUCGUCGUGUCGAUGAAGUAUUGGGUCCGUCGGUGACUGACUUUAUUGAAGGAAAGCGUCCAUUACAACCACCCCCUUUUGGGCAAAUGAACCAGGGUCAGAUGGAGAAACACCCAAUGGACUCGGAAUAUUUCAUCGAGAUGAGUCGCAUCAUAGUGAGAAGCAUGCCAGCCGCUGCAUAA